AUGGCUGAUAUAACUCGAGCCAUCUCAACACUGUCACGACGGUUUGAAGACGCCGCCAAGAUUCUGACAUCCGCUACCGCGUAUGGUAUGCGGCUUCCUGUGUGCGACUUAGCACUUCCUGAGUUUCGUGGGUUCCAAGACGAUCCUGCGCAAUGGCUGAAGAUUGCCGACUCCUUGGGCGACAGGCACGGUUGGUCCGACGGUGCCAAACGUUCGUAUGCCGAGGGAAGGCUUCGUGAAGCCGCCGAAGCGUGGAACAGGUACAACGGUCAUACGUACCGGUCAUGGCACGCUGAACGGUCAGCCAUGAAUAGUGUGUCGUCGGCGCCAUCCACCAAUGAGAUGGCCCGCCAGCCCGUCUACGAGACGACGUUAGGCCCACGUGUCAAGCAGCGAGAACCCGACGAGGGCCCGGACCGACCUUCCCAGAGUCCCGCAAUCACCCUCCUCGGGCCGCAGCAGCAGCCGCGCGCAGGUCCGCUCCGCCCGAAGCCACCACUGCACCAGGGGAGCAGCCGCAGCGCCCCGGUAUCCUCCAGUACCCAGCAGCAACCAGUCCCAACACCCCAUGGUUCCAGCAGCAGUGGCGGUGGCAAUCCCUCAGCCCCGACUCCUGCCACCAGAGAUCACGACCCGGUGUUGAGGCAAGCGUCAGCGGCCAUUGACCAGAGCCAUCCACCACCAUGGUCGCCCACCUCCGCGAACGCAUCCGCCGGGGCCGUCGCCGUCAAGCGCAGCAUCCACGCAGGCGUCAAGGCGCUCUUUCCAGGGUCAGCGCGGCGCCCAAGGCACAGCGGCCACCGCAACGAAGCGCCGCCCCAGAAUGGCUCCGACCAUGCCCUCCAGCCACUCAGAGCACCACCACCCGCGGACAGCCUCCCAAGCCACCCCUCUGACAGUCCCCGAAAGCCUGAGGAGAAGAGGGGAAGACCGGCAGCACCACCCACAAAAAUCAACGGAGCACCCUCCAAGGGAAUCUCCCCAACCCCACCCGAAACCUACAACGCUGAGCGGCAGGACAAUCGACGCAUUGAGAUUCGUGAGGACAUUGAGGGCGCGACCAAAGAGGUUAGCACAGACCUCCCGGUACAGAAGAUGGACAGCAGGCUGGCACACCUACUCGAGGCCAAGCAGUCCCUUCUGGCCAGAUGGAAGGGUCAGCGGCUCAAUCGAAGGCUCCGCAAGAAGAUUGCCGAGGUCAACAGAAGCAUCGAAGAGCACUGCAAAGGGGCGUGA